UUCGUACCCAAUGUGCUUAGUGGUUACGACGUGCCCAUAUCAUUACAGAGAUUUGCCUAUAUCUAGUUGAUGCCCUGUUCUUGUCCUGAAUCAGACAAAAAUCAGACAACACUCCAUCAAGUGUGGCACCAGAUUACAAUGGCAAACCCGUCGCAGCAUCCCAAUUACUACUCAGAACAACAGCCCGUGGACAUGAAUCAUCCAGCUUUUGUAUACCAUCCACAAGAACAACAAUCAAACUAUCCGCCACCUCCCCCUCAGCCGCCGCGACCGAACGAAACCACAGCACCGGGCUACGAUCCUCCGGGUCCUCCACUCCCGCAGAGACCCAAUGCCCAGGGAAACUUUGACGUUGAAGCUCAAACUACCGCUUAUCCGCAACCUCCCGUCUACAACCCGGCCGCGUACGCUUCUGGCCAACAACACCAGCAGUUCCAACCACCGCCCAAGCGCUACAAACAAACAUUUGCCGUUGAUGAUGACCCGUCCAACCUCGUCCACUAUAUCCGCGAUCCUCACAAAUUGAUAGGAUACUUGGUCCCGUUUCCGCGCCCAGUUCUUCCCAAUGUUAAUCCAGAAACCAUCCCGCCCCGGUUUAUGAUCUACACCCCGCCGCCACCUCCACUUCAAAAACCAACUGAAGGCGAAAAGGAAGCCAAGCUCCACAAGGUCCAGCGGAAAUGGCAAGAAGAGGUCCGCUCUGCAAAGACCAGCACCGCCAAAACCGCCAGCUGGAAGGGUGUCAAGUCUAAAGCGACGCGCGGGAUUGAUUGGGCCAUCCACAAGACCACGUCCUCCAACCUGGACUUUCUCGGCCGUAUAUCUCCUGGUCCCCAGCAGGCACAUUCCGAUGACGAGAGAGACCACGAAGGCCCUGAAACGCACAAGACGGUAGCGGUUGAGGAAAUGAUACUCAUUUAUCCACCCACCCUCAACCUCACCGACCAACAGAUGCGCGAGGAAUUCGUCAACACGAUGCUGCGUACAAAAUCCAAGGCGCAGAGAGACACCAUCAUCGCGACCGGCCUUAUGCCAGUGGCGUACGGCAUCGAUAUCCUAGCUACAUUCAUCUGGCCGUUUGGCGGGCUGGGCGAGAUCGAUACGGUCUGGGCAUACGCAAGUUUCCGUGGCGCGAAGACCGCAAGAUCCGUGACAAAGAGGCUGACCAGCUCCACUCAGUUGUCUCCCAACCAUGAAGACGAGUCCAACAAGUUGAAGCUCACAUUCACACACUCCCAGCGUCUCGAAAUCCUUCGCAGAUAUCUCGAUGCAGAAUGCCACAAGGCCGACUCCAAGCUGUUCCCGAACUAUGAGCAUUCUCCCACGGAAAGCGACGUGCUGGAGGCAAUAGGUUGGACUCCCAGUCGUGACACCGAGGAGAAGAAUUGGGAGGAUGAACACUGGGAAAUACAGGAAGUCAAGGAGGAUUUAAAGACGGUAUUCAAGAAAGCAGCGAGUGAGUGGAGAAAGUGGUGCCGACUGCUGGAGAAGAAUCCAGAGAAAGCCAUGAAGAAGUAGGCUUGAGACAUAGAAGCUGAUGCUUCGAAUCAUGUCAUCAUUGAUACCCGUAUACCUCGCGUCGUUGAAAAUCCGAAUAACAUCCUGGGGAGGAAGUUGCUGAACAUUUCUUUUCUUACGACCAGCUCGCGGACUGCGCUGUUUCAGCCCGUGCACAUGAAGUCCAUACUGUUGUGGUGGCUGUGUUAUAUCAAGAGGGAGCCCUCAUUACUCUUGAACAUGAACUUUUGACGCAACAUUUCUGUGGUCAGUAAAGUCAUCUUGCAAGCCUUGCGUCAAUGAUAGUCCAUGUCAAGAGGCAAACCUAGAGGAGUGGAUUUCACAGCCGGAUAGUGUCCCCGGAGUCCAUAGCACUUGUAAUGGUCAAUCAGUGCACAUGGAGUGGGGGUUUAAGCGGUUGUCCAGAAAUAUUUCGGCGACAUAACAUCCAUAUCCUCCUGUAGGAUCAACAGACGUUUCGAGCCGUGAAAACAAUCGCGUGGGUGAGUAAAGCCGUGCAUGG